AUGGUUGAUUGGCAAUCCCCAGUUGAAUUGGCACAUGAUUCAGCCGCGUUUUCCAGCUUCAUGCACGCGUUGCUUGGACUCUACAUUUGGGAGUGGUUCACCUCUCUCGAUUUUGAAUUCGCACUUCUCUCGCGGAAAAGGAGGUUCAGAUGGCCACUGAUGUUCUACUUCCUCGACCGGUACUCUAUACUUGCCGCGCUCAUUGGACUCGCCGUCUCCUUGAACGUAACAACACCAAUCGAUUGCCAAAGCUUGUAUACCUUCAACCAGCUUGCCGGUAACUUCGCCAUUGGGUUCUCCAGCAUCAACCUCUCCCUCCGCACAAUCGCAGUAUGGUCUCAAUCGAUGAAGAUUGUUGUUCCACUCUCAGUCAUCAUCAUUGGCCACUGGUUCUUACUCCUUCGAAGCAUCGUCAUCGUCAAGGUCGAAUGGACCUCCGGUGGAUGUACCAUCACGUCGACAAACACGUCAUGGCUCUCUGCCAUAUACAUCUACACAAUGUGCUUCGAUCUAAUCGUAACCGUUCUGCUUGCAUGGAAGUUGUUGCGCCCGGCGAUGGGAGCUCGAUCGCAUUCUAAUCGGUUGACCGAAAUGGUGUUUGGAGACGGUUUGAUUUAUUUUCUAAUUGCUUUCUUGUCGAAUUUGAUCGCGGUGAUUUUCAUCUUCCUGGACUUGAACGCAGUGAUGUCUGUCAUCGCUGAGGUCCCAGCUGCGGUGGCUUCUGCCAUCGUGGCAUGCCGUGUCGUUAGGCGGCUUGCAAACUUCUCGCAUGGUACUGCCGGAGCAGAAAUGUUCACGUACGUCGUCUGCCCGGUUCAAUCUCUACGCUUGGCACUCCCUCUACAUUCAACAUACACCCUUCCUCUCCUCCCAUCCCUGUCCGCAUAA